GGCGUUUUACGAGUUUUUUUUUUUUAUUGCCUAUAAGAGCAGUCUCCGAAGUCGUCAGAGACAAGGCCGACUAUCACCUCGUCAUCCCGACCAACGCGUAAUUAAAACGAACGGCAUCCACAGUCACGUCGGCCAAAGUUGGAGGAACAAUGUUGCCGGAAUCCUAAGCCAAAACGACGGCACCCGUACAGCCGCGGUAGUUACCGAAAACAUCGUUUGCGAGAACAAACAACCCAAGAGAGAAAACGCGGAAGUAGAAAGAGUGGAGUUCGAAAACCAAAGAAAAUAGCGGAGCAGAAGAAAACCGUCCGUCAGCGUCUCUUGCGACGUUCUCUUUUUUAUGCUAACACUUUAUACGGCCUGACGUUAUUUUUUUUACUACAGAAAGAAUUUACAAAAAGAAUAAUAUCUUAAUCUAUAAAAUAGUAUAAAUUUAGCAUCUCCUGGGACGACGGUUGCGACAUUGUAGUGUUGAUGGUUUUGCCGGGAAAGGACUACCUAGCGAAGGUGUAAAUGUUGUUGUUGAUGACGGAGAGCUUGUGGCUGUUGAUGAUGCGCUUGUUGAAGAUGCGGCUGAUCCUGAUGAAGGUGUUCAUGUUGCAAUUAUUGUACGUGGACUUGCUGUUGCUGAAAGAUUCUAGCUGUGAUGUAGUUGGGGUGCUGGAUGGUAUUGAUGUUCCCGACUUUGUACUUGCUGCGUCGGAAGCUUUCGCUGUCGCUGCUGUUGAAGUUGCCUUUGGUUUAGAGUUGGAUUUUCGCCAUGAUUUCGAUAUCCCUAAAAGCUGUCUGACUUUGGUAUGUGCAUUAUUGAAAUGA